AUGCGGACAGAAAGUAGACUUAUCAUUAUAUGUUCUUGCUGGGAUGCCAAAAAGAUGGCUGUCAAAAAAUAUUCGACAGGUCGCGACUAUGAGCAGUCAUUAGCGGUGUUUCAUUCCUCGCACUUGUCUGACAACAGGAAAAUAAAAUUGUACCCUAUCUCCGUCCAAAAUCCCCAUCAUAAUAUGCUCUCUGGAAAUAUAUACGUCUCUUCCAGCGGUAAGGAAUUCAUUACAGGCGAUGUUCGUGGUCUAAUAGUAUUUUAUAAGUAUACUGAUGAGACAACAAGUUAUAAAUCAUCAGUUUUAACUGUUGUACCUGGUUCUAUAGUUGAUCUGAAGCUAUCAGAAGGAUAUUUACUUCUCAUAACCUGUUGUCUACCGUCUGAAGUUUCUUUGUCAUCAACCAUCGCUCAUGAUAUUUUAGAAGUUGUUCAUAGUUAUGCCUUAACAUAUUACCUCUUCAAUAUGAACACUAGAAAGCUGAUAAAACUUGACUUGAACAACCUGCUGCCAAGUUCUUUAGGUUUAAAUAUAUCAUGUGUUAGUCCUGUAUGGCUUUAUGAUAGUGAUUUACACUUUGCAUGUACACUUUCCUAUAUAUCAACUCUACCAUCUUCUAAUCCACUUCCUAAUGAAACAAAUAAUUCAGAUACUUUUUAUCUCUGUGCUAUAUUUUCAAUCAAUAAAGGAGAUAGAGAAGAUAAUAUACAGGUUGAUUUACACUCAUUGAUGCCUGUUGAGAAGACUUCAUUUAUAAACCAAUCAAAUCGUUUACGUGUAUUACCAUCACAGAUUUCUGUUGAUUUGGCAUAUACAACCAUUGAUCGGGCUGAUAAUAAUGAAUUGGAAUGGAAUCAGUUUAAAUCGUGUAUGCUUAAUGCAGCCUCAGGAUUACACGCUCUUUCUUCAGAUAUACUCGUGUUCUGGAGUCGGUCAACUAAUCAUAAACAAUCAUUAUUUGCCCUUUUACAACCUUCUUUGUGCACUAGAAAAGCAUUACUUACCACACUGAAUACGAAAUUACCACUUAUAAAAUCACUGAAUGUGCUUACUUAUUCUCAACAACUUGGAGAAAUCUGUACUAUUAGUCCACUUUGGUUAAAACCUUGCCAUAAUUAUGCAGCACGUUCACGUGCUUUUGGUGGCAUUGGAUUAGAAGUUUGGAUUGUUAGACGAUUGCCUCAAGGUUAUGAAUUGAAUAAUUCUGAAGUGAUUGUUUUGUCAACUAGACCGUUACGUGCCCAUCUAGUAGCACUAGCACCAAAUGUUACGUAUACUGAUUUUGCAAAUGCUAAUCGAAGUGCAUUGAUACGAUCAGUUAUUCAACAGAAGAUUACUACUACUAGUAUCAAACAUCCCAUCAAUGACAUGUUACAAGCUACUCGUAGUCAUCCAUCUUUGUUGACAGCAUCCUCUUUCUGUUCCUCGUCAUCAUCUUCAUCACUGUCGUCAAAAGCAUCAAUACAAAGUCAGCGAUUGUGUUCAAAUAGUGUUACUGUCUAUGAUCAUCAACGUUCACGCUUAUCCUUUUCAUCAGGAAAAUAUCAGUCAGAAAUAUUUAAAAUGUCUGUCUUCGUUCCAUGGCCUACUAUACCUCUACGUGUAGGAAAUAUGCAUAAAUUAAAUAUCUUCAAAGUAUCAUCGGACGUAAUUGAUGGAUAUGAUAUUGGAGUUGACGCCUGUACACUAUUGGGUGAUGAAUGUGAAUCAUCUUCAUAUCUAUCUUCUAAGGUGAAUGAUUUAACCAACUCUACAUCAGAUUUAUUCCUAACGAGUAAAUCACAGUUACAAUCGGCUUUAUCUGCUCCAUCAGCUGAUACAUAUGCUUCUUCAGAAGUAAAUGUUGUUAUCCAGUCAUCUGAUGACACUCCUGGUCAAAGACAGACAAUUCAAGACACGAUUCAUCAUCAACUAAUGUAA